AGGGUUCUUGGACUUCACAACACCUGAAUGGUUUUGAAAUUGUGAUUUUUGUUCAAGAAGCGGACAAUGUUACCGAGGAUGACAUCGGAACGAAUCAUUCAUUGUCCAAAACGCCAAAGGGAUUUUGUCUAGUGUGAUAUAGAGAUGGAUAUAACAACGUCGGAACCGCUCAACGUCUCAACAACCAUAUAUUUUCAGGAUUAUGGAAACGAGACGACCAUCAAUCGUUUUCAACAGCCGGAUUGGCAAGUGGCACUGUGGGCAAUUGCUUAUUCACUGAUAGUGAUUGUGUCCGUUACAGGAAAUGUCACUGUAAUUUGGAUAAUUUUGGCCCACAAAAGAAUGAGAACAGUGACUAACUAUUUUAUAGUAAAUCUAGCAUUCUCGGACGUUUCAAUGGCUACUUUCAACACUGUCUUCAAUUUUGUCUAUGCUAUGCACAACGACUGGUACUUCGGGUUGGGAUACUGUAGGUUUCAGAACUUCUAUCCCAUCACAGCAAUGUUCUCAAGCAUUUAUUCUAUGGCAGCUAUUGCGGUUGACCGAUACAUGGCCAUAAUCUACCCUUUGAAACUAAGGCUAUCCUCCACGUCCACCAAGAUUGUGAUUGGUCUCAUCUGGGCGGUGGCAUUCUCCCUGGCGUUCCCCCAGUGUUACUACUCUGUCACCCAGUAUUAUCCACCACGGACUAUCUGUAUGGUCAACUGGCCUGAUGACUAUGGUGGGAAACACCAUCUCACAUACCAGAUAGCCAUGAUCAUACUGAUCUACCUGCUCCCCCUGCUGGUGAUGUUGGUCACCUACAGCCUCAUUGGCCAGACACUUUGGGGCAGUGAGAUACCAGGGGAGGCCUCAGACCACUACCAGAACCAGAUCCAGGCCAAACGCAAGGUGGUGAAGAUGAUGAUAGUGGUGGUGAUGACCUUCGCCCUUUGCUGGCUGCCCUACCACAUCUACUUCAUCCUGGGCAGCUUCAACAAUGAGAUCUACAUGCAGACGUACAUCCAGCAGGUCUACCUGGCCAUCUUCUGGCUGGCCAUGAGCUCCACCAUGUACAACCCCAUCAUCUACUGCUGCCUCAACCAAAGGUUUCGCUCGGGGUUCCGUCACGCUUUCAGCUGGGUCCCCUUCGUCAAGGUGUCGGAGGAGGACAAGAUGGAGCUGCAGCACACACGGACCUUCAGGAUGACCCGCACCAAGAACACUGUGGUCCGCCCACAACUCCACCCAACAUGAUGACCACACAACAGUCAAGCUCAUGAAAAGCUGAGGACAUAUUCAAGUGCAGCUGCUAGGAGAAGUCAAGUGAAACAAAUCAUGUUAUUAUUGUGGACAGUCAAGAUAGGUGUAGUGAAAUGUGUUUGUUUUACAGGGUCAGCCAUAGUAGUAUGGCACCCCUGGAGCAAAUUGGGGAUAAGUGCCUUCCUCAAGGUCACAUCGGCAGAUUCUUCGGCUCGGGUAUUCAAACCAGCGACCUUUCGUUUACUGGCCCAACGCUCUAACCACUAGGCUACUGCCCCAAUGGUAAGGAGAACUCCCAUGGCACCAUGCCUUGUCUGUUGCAGUGUUUAGGUAGUGAUAUUAUUUGUGUUGUUUUAGCGUAAUAUUGGUUUAUGUUGUGUCACCUGGCUUUGUAGACCACAUUGUGAAACGUGCAAGUGAACCCAGUUAUAAAUAUUCACUGAAAUAUCAAGUAACUGACAAAGGAGACAGAUAAAUUAACACAAACACACACACUGUUAAAUUUUACAGAAAUGAAUGAUGGGGUAACAUCUGCCGCAAUAUGAUUUGAGGAUUGGACUGUGAUAUAUAAAUAAAUAAAAAUGACACAGAAUAUCCCCAAUUGACCUCUGAACUAUGGAACCACUGUAUCUCCUGAGACUGUUCUUGGGGAAAUGAAAGUUCUCCACUAGAAUAUACUUUGAGUUUAUUUAAACUUUUACAGGGACAGUACACAUGAAUCAACGUUUCAGUAAAAGUGCCGGUUUUAGCCAGCCGGCUGAUUUUCAACCACAGUCCCUGGGCAGGUUAUUAAAAACUAUUACAAUAACAAUACAGACAGACAAUGAGUAGUGAACACAUGCAGAGCAACAUAGAACAAGCAACACAUAGCAGACA